CCCGGUUUUGACUGGUUGAAACCGGACUUUUUAAAUCUGAUUUUUUUUUUGUUGUUGAUUUUUUCCAGUUGUUUGUUUUUUUCCUUCAUAUCCAGCGCUGAGGCACUGGCUGCACUUGCAGGGAAAGUGCACUUAGAGCAGUAUCUUCAUUCAUGAAGCUACUUUUUAAUUUGAUGUAACUUUUCUUAUAAUUUUUUGGAAAUAUGAUGUAUCUGUUGCAUAUAGUUUUCACAUUAUUUAUGAAACUUAACAACCAUAUGAGAGUGAUUUUGAGUCCUGUGCAAUGAAGGUUGUAAUGGUAAAACAAAGUGGGGAAUGUAGAUCUCCAUCUCCAGGGUUGUGGGGUGAUGCCCCUGCAAAUACCCCUUUAGUGAGACAACUUGCACCUGUGUGUACCUUCUCUCUCUUUUACUUCUUUCCAAUUUUAUUUUAAACCAAAGUUUCUCUUUCUGAUAUUUUUUUAGUUGCUGCUACUGCUUCUGGGCAUGUCUCUCAUGCCAGUUCAAAGCCAACUUCUCCAUGUGUGAAAGUAGAGCAGAUGAUCCUAAGGAAAGGAGAGUUGGUUCCCACCAACAGCACAAAACACUGAGCGAGCAAAGGCUUUGGAACUUCGUUCUCCAGAUCCAAAAGUACUUUUCCAAGCCUUGGGUGUGUCAUGAGGGCAUUUCAGUCCAAGCAGGGAGCUUUUCUCCAGCAGCCCAGCAAAGUGGGACAAGGCAAGGAGGUGACAGUUCUCAUGGGACAGAGGGGCUGGGGCUUAGGAGUGGCUUCAGGGAGCAUGGAGAGAACUGAGGUGUGCCCACCUGGUGGGGAAGGUGAGAUGGAAAACAGCUCUUCUGGUUUAGCACAAAGCCUCAGUUGGGCACUGUCCUGGUCACUGCCCCUUGACUCAUCUCAUGCUCCCAGUUUGGGAAGUGGGUACUUGAGCAGAUUUGGUAAUGAGCUGAAAGAGGUGAGAGAGCUGAGAGAUGUUGGAAGAGAGAUGUGAACUCGGUGGUCUCGUUGGUCUCCUGGGAGGGAGCCCUGGAGGCCUCAGAGUCCUGUGGUCCUUCCCUUGUUCUCCCUGGGUCUGCAAGGGAAGGGUGAAACUCCUGAAGGAGGAUCCUCACCCGGCUGGUGACAGUUUGGGCAGUGGAAUGGCAGGAAUCUCCUCAGUUGCUGUUUGGUGGUUGUUUCCCUUAAUCCCCUGUGUUCCCCACAGCCAGAAUGUUGCAUUUCCUCAGUUUGCCUGCUGUGCCUCUUGCCCAGAGGAACUGAAGAAGGAAACUUGGUUCUCUUCAUUUAGUUGGAAAUAGAUUAAAACCUUUUAAAUAGAUUAAAACCCUGUUGUGGUGCUGCUCCUCUCACCUCCCUCCGUGUGGGGCUGCUCUGGUGGGAGCAGAGCUGGAUGAGCAGGGGCUGUGCUGUCCAUCUGUCCAUCUCCCCUGGAUUCCUGUCUUUGCCUCCCUUAGGUCAGCUCAUACUUAAAACAGUAUUCCCAUGGAAGUGGGGUCUGGGAUAAAGCCCCUUAAAAUAUUUCAGCCCCUUAAAAUAUUUCAGGUUCCUGAUUUGCAUUGGUGCCAUGUCCAGACCACGUGUGGGUUUUUCCAGCAGUGGGGAAUGGAGCCAUCCCUGCCUGGGGAGCUUAGGGGGGGCAGCUGCACUGGGAGGGAGGCAAUCCAAAAUUAUUUGGAUUCAUUCAAAUCAAGUAACACCACUGGGUGUUACUUAAACAAGUGGGGUUUUUUUAUACACAGAAUCUGAGCUUUACUGGUAAUUAUCUUCCUUUCAGAAGGAAAUUAAAAGUGCAGAGAGACAUUGUGAGCAAUUUGGUCUCGUGGAGGGUGUCCCUGCCCUUGGCAGGGGGUUGGAACUGUAUGGUCCUUAAGGUCACUUCCAACCCAAACCAUUCCAUGGUUCUGUGAUUUGGAAGUGAUGCCAGUCCCCUGGGAGCACCCUGCCUUCCUCAGCUGGGCUGGGGAGGGCAGGGCAUGGCUGGGUGGGCUGUGUCCAUCUGUCCAUCCUGCUGCUGCACCGUCCCACCCUCUGCUUCCCAACGUGACAGGGUGGGUCGGGCUGCAAGUGAUUAAAUUCUUAUUCUGUAGUUUAUCCAAAUCCUUAUGGGAAGCAAGAAUUCAGUGUGUCCGUCUGCUCUGCUCCUUGCUCUGCUCUUUCUCUUCCCUUUUUCUGUCUUUGCUGGCAGGAGAAGUAAGGAGAAAAAAAAAAAAAAGGGGGGGAAGUGACAUGCUAUGAGGAGCAAACAUUAUCUCCUAAAAUAAAACAUGGUCCCUUUUGGCAGUGAAGAUGCUGUCUCGGGGGAAAGCAGCCUGAAUUCCCAGAAGUGUGGCUUUUAAAGGCUCCCAGCCCUGCAUCUGCCUGUUCCGAGCCUCCCUCGCAGAGAUUUCUGAGAAAUCAGGCAUGCAGAUUCCUCCUGAGAGCGAGCCCUAAAGCCGGGAUGGCUCCACGUCUACGAGAACAUCUGGCCAAUAAAGGGAGACCUAAUGAAGCAGAACAGAUGGUGAGAGAAAACAGCCCUGUCGCUCCUUGGGAGCAGCAGGAGCCAGGGGAGUGGGGACAUUCCCAGGCUGGCAUUUCCUGGGCUGAGCUUUGCUCGUGGGUGCUUGAGAGCCCUCCUGUAGGGAGAGCAGCAGGGUGGCAGUCCAGAAGGACAGAGCAGCUUUAAAAGGAGCUGGGGGUGAGGGGUUUGUGCACUGCUUUUGUUGUUGGGAUGCAGCUGGAUGGGAGGUGGAAGCUGAGGAAGGUCUCUAAGCUGUGGAUUUCAGGUGCUGGGCUGUGCCUCGUGGUUCAGUGGAGGUUGGAUUGUACAGCUCUGAGGGUGGUGUGGAGCUGCUCUGCUCUGGUCUGGUGGAACCCAUGGAUGGUGCAGUCUAAGGAGAGGAGAUGCCACCCUGUGGCCUUUGUGACUUUUGGGGAUUGCCUUUGAACCUGCUCCAUGCUGAUUCCCUCCUGCUUUCCAUCCUGCCUCUGCUCUGGGGAAUUUGGGGUUGCAGGGGGUGAGGCGUUGCAGCAUCCAGAGUUUAUUUGCUGGCUGGGGUUCCCUCUGUGGCUUUGGGACAGUGUCACCAGAAACACCAGGUCCCUUGCUUGGGCAGGGCAUUGCCAUGUGCCAUGGGCGUGUUCCUGACAGGACAGCAGGGCAGGAUUGGGAUCUUUGGACUCUGCAAGCAGGAGUGGGGGCUCUCCAAUGAGAACUGAUGCUGUCCCACCAGGUUUUACAAGAAAUGCAUUUGCAGCACUCCUGGCUGCAGCCUGCAUGUAUCCAGUAAGCUCCUACCUCUCUCAUCCAGGUGCAUUCCCAAAGUCAGCUGUGUUCAUCCUAUGCCUUUCCCAGCCCUGCUCCUGGCCCUCCUCAUUCUCUCAGUGUCUUUGCUGUUUGAUUCCAAUGAAAGGAAAGCAGCCUUCGGCAUGAACAUCUUGGAAUGGGAGAGAUCUCUGGGGGAAAUCUCAGCAGAGUUGGAUUCUGCUGCUCCUACUUCCCUAAAAACUCUUGUGCUGCCCGUUCUGCCUCUGUUCUGGUGCUCAGCUGCAGCUCCAGUGUGGCAGACAGGGAGGGAAAGCACGUUCCUGCUUCAGGAGAUAACAAUCCCUGGGGAUUUGACUUCCAGUGGGGACAGCGUGAAGCCUUUGCUGUGUUCUGAACGACCGAGGGGCUUUGGCCUUGUCCUGCAGGGAUGCUGCCCUGCUCUCCUCACUGGCCCUCAGGGGCUGUGUCCCCAGCUCAGGCCAGGUGCUGGGAAGUGUCCUGGGGCUGGGACAUGGCUUGGCAAGCUGGGGACACAAAAGCCACUUUGCUCACAUGCUGCAUCCCAGCUCCGUGUCCUCCGUCCUCUCCUCCGCCCUUCUGCUUUGCACUCGCAGGGGGAAGGUGAUCUUCUGCCUUAAGCAUUCUUAUUUCUUUUUUAAUUUGAGUUUUUAUUCUAGAAGGCAAUCAGAUUGUUUUGUCUCCUUGGAAAAGAGGAGCUGGGGCUCCUGGGGGAAGAGUGGGAAAUCCCUACAGUACCUCUGCAGCAGUCACGGCUGGGCUCAGUGGCUGUCACCUCAUCAGACCUUGCCUCCUUUACAUGACCCCAUCCCAAACUCUGCACCUUGGGGCCAGCGUCCCCUGCUGCCACCGUGGGUCAAACUGGGGUGUCACCAUCCCUGGGGGCUUCAAUCCCAGGAAAAGGAGAGGGAAGGGACACAACACGGGCAGCUCCCCGAUGCUGACACCCCAGCCCUGUUCCCGGUGGGAGCCAAAGGCUCUCCUGGCCCGGGCACAGCCCUGGCACGGUGACCUGCAGCCUGACAGACCCUCAAGCUCUGUAAACCAAAUUGCAAACUCUUCACUCCAGAGGAGGAAUUGGGCAUCCUGGCAGAACUUGCCAUGACCUCUCCAUCCCGUAGGUCCUCGUGGCCAAGGAUCGGCGCUCGGAAGGGCCCGGAGUGGAAAUGCCAAAGUUCCCCCGGGCCCCCUGCCGCCUUCCUCUCCCCCUCCCCGCUGUGUUGGUCUAAAUGAUCUUUCUAUGAAGCCCUGUAGAUGUCAAAAGUAAUUAUGGAGUGUGAUUAGUCCUCUGUGGGUGCUUUUUUUCUUCCCCCCUCCUUUCUCUUUUGCUAUCCCCUUCUCCACUCCUCUGUUCUGGCUCAGUGGAAAAGGUGAGGACAAAGAAUUGCCGCUUGCUUGGACUCAUGAUGUAUCUGUGACUGCGCUUUUAGCUGUCUCCUCCUUCCUCCCCAAAUGGAUAUAAUUUUUGAAGUGUGGAAUUCCCUUCUUGAUAAGUAGGUUUAAAAAAAAAAUACUGCACAAUGUGAUACUGUUUCAUAGUUUCUAGGUGGUUGUAUACAGCAAAGUUACUGUGAUUGUGUUUUUUCAAAGGAAAAAGUGAUUGGUUACGAAAUCUGUCCUUUUUUCAUUAUUACAAGCUCUUUGUUUUCCAAUGAUCUGAUGGCUCUUUUGUCCCUGGUCUGUGUGUGUGUCUUCCCAAGUCCCCCCCCUGUGCUGCAUCCACCCCUGGAGCGCUGGCUCCUGCUGCUCUCGCUCUCUUGGGAGCUGUGGGAUGUCGCUGGUGGCUGGAGGUGGAGGACAUCCAUGUCCUGGGAGGAGGUGGAGGUGCUUGGAGGAGGGAGAUGUCUGAGGAGGGGUUGGAGGGGCUCGCUGGAGCAGCCCAGGUUUCCCCCCAGCUCACACCCAGCAUGCCAGGGGCUGGUGCUGGGGGAAACCUCCUGCCCAGACUGUGCUGUGCUGGCCAAAGGCUCGUGGUGCUUUUGGGAGCCUUUGGUUGCCUCUCUCCAGCUGAUCUCCAGUCCAAGGUGGUGUCCUGAGCACCAGCGGCUGAGCAGCCCAGCCCUGGGUUGUUUGGGGUCUGUGCUUUUAUUUUGCUCUUUAAAUCUCUUCAUUGCCUCUUGCAAUCAAUCUCUCUCCAGAAGAGAGCCCAGAGCCUUGAAAUCACUCUAAGCCUGUUGCUGCUCACAGCAGCCACUUCCCGGAGGUUUAAUCCCAGCCACGGCUCCCUGCUGGCAUUCCUGGCUGGUGGCAGGAGCCGGGCUGGUGGCAGGAGCCCUCCUGCUGCCCUUGCUUUGGCACCUCACCCCAGCUCCAUGGGGACGUCUCCCAGGCGUGUGUCACCUCCAGAGCCCAGGCAAAGGAGCCAGGAUCCCUUUCUGGAAUGGCCUGCAGGAGCCAUGGAGGGGAGCCCUCCGGCUGAGGCGCGGCGCCUGCCGCGGCCCCCCAAGCCGCACCCGCAGCGCGGCCGGAGCCCGGCCCCGCCGGAGCGCCCCGAGGCCCGCGGCCCGCACGCCGUCCUGGAGGGCAAGGUGAAGGCGCUGAAGGAGAAGCGGGGCGGGCGGCCGGGCACCCCCGCGGCCGCCCCCGAGCGCCCCUCGCCCAAGAAGGCGCGGCCGCGGCGGGGGAAGGCGGGCGCGGAGGAGCCGCGGGCGCAGCUCCGCACCUACCUGACGGACGGGCUGCUGGACGGGGGACAGCCCCCGCCCGCCCCGGGGCUCUGGAGGCUCCCGGCAGCCAGGGGAGAUGUGCCGGGAGGGGCCGAGCUUCCCCCGGAUAAGGGCAGCGGGUCCUGGCGCUGUGCCUCCCUCCGUGAGAGACCCUCCCUGGAUGAAGAGGCGCGGAGCCCGCUGCGGGACCGGGACCGGGAGCGGGAGCGGGAGCGGGGCCGUCCCUCUGUGCCCGCGGCCCGGAGCUGGGAGAGGCUCCCGCUGGCUGAGCGCGUGGAGAGGAACCGGCGGCUGCUGCAGGAGGUGCUGGGCCUCGCCGCUCCCGAGAUGCCAGCGAGCGAUGGGGACUGGGACUCGGGGGUUUCACUGCAGGAUGCUGAGGGCUGCAGGGCCUCGGUGGCCGGGCAGGAGCUGGAGCUGAGCCCGCGGCACGAGCAGGCCAAGCAGCUGCUGCAGCGCGCCCGCAUGAAGGCUCGCACCAACCCGCUGCGCGCCAGCCACGACAUCCUGCUGCUCCCCGCCGCCCUCCCGCAGCCCAGGGAGCCCGGCGGGAGGCCCAGCGUCGCCCCGCGGGACGGAGGGAGCCUGAGCGACUCGUCCAGCGGGGACUCGAGCUGCGGGCGGCCGCGGCGGCCGCGGGGACCGUCCCCGUCCCGCGUCCGCUUCGAGGACGAGUCGGCCCGGGACGCCGAGGUGCGGUACCUGGAGCGGCUGCAGCUGCGGCACCGCCGGGCGCUGGGCUCGGCCAUCGCCUCGCCGGAGCCGGCGGGCAGCAGGCAGCCGGGGGACGGCGCUGGCCAGCCCAAAGCCCGCAGCGGCGACCUCGUGGCCGGGGGCAAGUGCAGCGCCUGCGGCUCCUUCCUCGGGGCUGCCGCCGGCCGGGGCACGGACGCGCAAGCUGCCCCCGAGCCGGCCAAAAGUAGCCCUGCGGCACAAAGAAGCGUUCCAGGGGAUAGCAGAGGGACGGGCGCUGCCCAGACAGAGCCUAAAAUCAGGCCUCUGGGCCCCGGAGGGUCCCCGCUGUGGAUCCUGCCCUCCCGGCAGCGCAUCCACACCGAGAAGAUCAAGGAGACCUACAUCGGGGAUGUCACCUACAUCGACGAGGUGGACUCGGCCCUGGAGAGCACCGACACCUCGGACGGCUGCCGGACGGACAGCGAGGAGGCAGGACCGCGCAGCCCCCACCUGCGGGGGCACCGGGACCCCCGCGCCCGCGGGCACAGAACUGCCCGCGCUGCCCCGCAGCCGGAGGCCAGGGCCAGGAAGGGAUCGGGUGUGCCCAGCGGGGACCCCGAGCACGGGGACUCGGGGCCGCUUUGCCCCCCAGCACCGGGAAGAACCAGCAGCCGGGAAGAUGGGGAGCCCCAUCAACACCUGGGGGGCAGCAAGGGAGUGGGGAACGCAGCUCGCCCCCCGCAGCAGCCCAGUGAGCCCCUGGAGCCUUCCUCGCAGCUGAGGACCAGCACGCCCAUCCCAGGCACCCACGUCCCUGCUCCCCCUCCUACCAAGAAGGCCUGCGCCCAGGUGCCUUGCAGGAAAGCCCUGUUCUCCACCGGCAGCCGCCAGGCGCCGAGCCAAGGAGUGCGGGGCCCGGAGCCGGCUGCUGGCAGCGCAGCCCCACCGCAGCCCGGGGGCACGGCGGGGCCGGCCGGGCGGCGGAGUCCCUGCAGCCCCCGCUGGCUCCCGGGGAGCCCCCUCCGUGCCUUGUCCACCAACAACUGCAACAACACCCACGGGCAGGACGGCCCGGGGGCGGGCAGAGGGGCACUGUCACACCCCGCUGGCAGCGCUGUCACCGCCGUGCCCCCGGAGGCUGCUCAUCCUGCCGGGGAAGGUGCCGGGAUGUCGGGAGCGCAGCCCCAGCGGCUCCCGGCUGGGAAUGCGAUGCAUGGGGAGCCGGGCCGGCCCGUGAGCCGCAAGGGCAGCAGCGCUUCGGCCUCGGCGCUGAAGAAGCUCCUGUGCAGCCUGAGCCAGAGCACCAAGCAGCGCCUGGGCCGCUUCCGCUGCUACAGCAUGGAGCAGCUGCCGGCCCCCGGCGGCUCCCCGCAGGGCAGCCCCGGCGUCAGGAAGUCACCGUCCCUGCAGUCGCUGCAGCUGGUGUCACCCUUCUGCCAGCCCCAAAAAGCUGCCUCUAUCCAGAGCCUGCAUCCCCAGCUGGGGAAGGCAUCUCGUGCCAGUGCCUACCUCCUGCCCCAGAGCACGGCUGACAGGAAGGGGGGCUCGGGGCCGCAGCGCUCGCUGAGCGUGGAGGAUAUCGGGGCGCCGGGCCAGCUGCGCGCGGUGGGCCGCGUGGUCGAGGUGUUCCCCGAUGGCACCAGCCAGCUGGAGCUGCAGCGACCGCCCCACGGCGCCUUCGGCUUCUCCGUCACCUCCGGACACGGCCGGCCCGACACAGGUGUCUACGUGCAGGAGAUGGCGGAUGCUGGCACGGCCAAGCUCUACGCGGGGCUCCUGGGCGUGGGGGACGAGAUCCUGCAGGUCAACGGCGCGGCCGUCUCGGGGCUGGGGCUGGCCCGCAUCCGGCAGCUGCUGCUGCAGGCCGACAGCCUGGCCCUGCGUGUGCUCCGGCAGCGCCCGGCGCCGCGCUAGCCUGGCACGGCUCCCGCCAGGCCGGCAAGAGAGGAGGAGGAUGGCCCGGUGAUGGGAGGAGGAACAGGGCCCAGUGAUGCCCCAGGGUGCUGCAGAAUGGCAUGGCAUGGACCAAGCUGGCUCGCAGCGCCAGGACCUGCCCAGCUCCACUGCAGUGGCUUUCCUUGUGCCCCUGGGAGAGUGUGGGACCAAGGACCCCCAGAGUCUGCAGGAGCUGCCCAGGUGUGAGGGACAGGGGACAGCCUGGCCCCAGCAGAGCCGGGUGGGUCUGUCCUGCUGGGCACUGGGGUGACCAGCAUGGGGACACGCCAUCUCCGUGACCCCAGGAGACACAGGGCUUCCUGCCAGCACUGCCACCUUGUGCUCGAGGGCUGGUGAGGUUCUUUUAAGUUAUUUCAAACUGAAACCCAAAAAUACAUCUCUGCAAUAACAAAACAGUGCCCUUGGCUUGUGGCAUGGAGGGGUUGGGGUGGCGCUUGUGGCCUUGGGGGCCCUGGGCAGGUAGGCAGGGGGGCUCAGCCACCUGCAGGGCUCCUUGGGGAUUUUGAGGGGCUCUUUUUUCCAGCCAUGGAAGGCAAAACACAUCCUUGGAGUGUUUCCAGCAGCAAUGGCUGCCCUCUGCACAGUGGUGCUCCACAUCUGGGCACAGCUGCCCACAAUGCUGAGGUGACCCCAGAAACUGCAGAUGCUGCUUAUGCCUCAAAAACCAGGAUGGUGAUGCCUGGCAAAUGCUAGUGGGAGAGCUUUUCCCACUCCCUGCUGCCAGGAGACCCCGAGCUUGUUCCGGGAGCAAGAGUCAGGCAAGGAGGAGUGGAGAUCUACGCUGCUGCACCUUUAUUUAGUGUUAAAGGGAAGGGCACCACCAGCGACAGAAAAGCAAAUGUACACGAGGAAAGGGACCAGAGACACUCGGGUGGCUUGAGGUGAUGUCAGCACUGGGCCACCCCCUGGACUACCAAAGGAGCCCUCCUACAUGGGAGUCAUUCCCGAAGGAUGCACAAACACGCUGGAAUUAACACGGGGAUCAGAGGUGUGCAAACAGCAGCCAGCAGUGAGCCCUGCUCCCUGCCCAGACCCGUGCUGCUGGGAACUGCUCCUGGAGAGCUACAGACCCACGGAGUGGCACGGACACUGCUACAGCCAGCCCUGGAAAGCAGACCCCACCUAUGCCCUGCAGGGGUGCUCUGCAAGGAUAGGGAGCCACUGGACUCGUGAGUGCGGGUGGGCGCCGAGGCACCACGUGUGCGUUACUGAGGAGCAGCCGGGAUCCAUCCCGGGAGGCUCCGUCCGGGAGGCUCCGUCCGGCCCCGCCCGGCUGCGGAAGGCACGGAGCCGCCGGCUGUGCAGGCAGUGCCUGCGGGAGGGACAGGGGGCCCAGCAGACCUCGGAGGGAGCCACGAAGGCGGCGGGGGGAGGAGUGUUCAGUUCCGGAGGUAAAGCCGUGCGGUGGCAAGAUUCUAAGGCGGCGGCGGGGGGGAUGAUUUUGGGGGUGAUUUGCAAUUUCAGCAGAAGUCUUUGCGUCAGUGCCAAUUAACUUCCUCCCCCAGCCCCAUCUGGGAGCCAUAAGCCAGGCUGUGCUGAGUCUUUUCAUGUUUGCAACUCAAAAUAUGGGAGCAGACUGGAGUAAGAAACCGUUUUUGCUUUCCUCAAGAGUCACCCCCCAUCCCACAAUUGGUGCUUGCAGCACGGUCCCUCUGCCCAGGUGAGCUUUUUUCACCACAUUUUUGGUACUGCCCACCUGGCUACUCCACAUUCCCUGCAGGGAAUCCAACACUGCUGAGACAACUGGAGUGACAAACAACUGGGAGGUGACAAAAGGACUGGGAAGGAAUAUGGAAACAUGAUCCUAGCUUCGAAUCUCCUGCCUUUUGGUUGCUUACAACA